UUGACGGUCAGACACUAGCUGGUCUCUAACAACGAAGCACCGCGCUCCAUAUUAUGUGUCGUUAUCUAGCGGCAAACCGUACUCAUAGGUUUGCACAGUAACAAAUUGUACAGCAUGCACACUAAGGUAAACUACAAUCUGUCGACCCCGGUCAACAACAUUCAUGAAAACGACUCGCCAGUGGGUUAUAGUGCGAGUGACAGAAGUUGUCCAAUUAUUGAUGAACUUUUGGCACGGGAUCGUACCACUGCCUUUUCGAGUAUUUCGGGAAUUGCUAUGGAAGACUUCUCCAACAGGUACCUCUAUACCGAAGACCUUGAGUAUCUCGAAAGGAUCCUAUGGGAAUCCACAAGACAGCCAUAUGAACGACGGAUUAGCGAAUGCGAUUACAAAGGACACUGAAAAUCGCAUGAUCAGGUGCAAUAGGACACAUUCGUGUCAAUAUCAACAGCUGGGGGUUUUAGACUCCUGAGGAACAUGAGUUGGCCGCUCAUGAUACACUUUUAUCUCUGGCGACAGGGCGACACCAAGCGAGCAGACAUCAAUCCCUCUGCUGCGCGUCACGAACAACUUCGGGCAUACCUUCAUUUUCGUGUAAACCCGCCAAGAAAACACGUGAUCCAGAAGCCUACAGAGUUCAAUCGCCACUUCACUAAUCGAACCAGACUUCGAUUUGCCAUUAUCUUCAUUGUUUUGUUCUACGUAUGUUUUGCGGUUUCGUAUGGCACAUACGAACACUUUUUUGAGCGUGACCGUGCCAACAUAAACGACUCACGAGGAUAUUAAAUCGAAAGGCUCAAAUAGUGGCGCAUUAUCCAAUCUGACCAAUCAUGUUAGAACCAACAAGGUAGUGUGUUAAAGAAUAUGCCCGAACGCGAGCAAAACGCAAACGAAAGCAACAUAAUUUCACUCUACCUCACAUAUGUGCGUCUAUAUAUGCGAAAUGGCCUAAAAAUGAAUGAAAGUACGACUCGACGUGCAAAAACUAAGGCGAUCAAUAGAGGGUUAGGCGUUGGCCGGUUCAAUUCAAGUGAUUGAGCCUCGUGUUUUGCAAUGCGACACGUAAGUGCCCUUCCAGGUUUCUUCUGGAUAAAAAAAAAUAUGUUGAGGAAACGUGUUUUUGCCAGAAACAGACUCCGCUCUUGUACCAUAUGUACUUGUCUUUGUAUAAUUAUACUAGGCAAAGCAAAUCUUUAUACUGUUCGCUAUCGUUACUUUAACACAUGUAGGAUAAACAUUUUUUUAUUUUGUCGUACCCUGUUGAACUA